UGUGUCUAUGUAUUUGUCAAUUGUGUGUGUCAACAGGAGAUUAACCUUUUAAACUAAGAAAACAAGUACAGAAAACCGUCUCUUACUCUUUUUACAGUUGAAAUAUCUGUUAUAAUUGACCAAAGCACCCACCUGUACCUUUUAAUUCAUUUAAUUUGUGUAAAGUGGAAAAAAGAUGCCUUUGUUAUUAAACUUAUGACUCAGGGGCCUACUAUGGCGCUGACUACUGAACUGUUGGAAAAUAUUGUAUUUUUGUUAAUAUUUGUGAGUGAUUUGACAGUGGGACAAUAUGACCAAUACUACCCCUAUCCAACCCCAUUUCCACCAAACAAACAGAACCCUUACAAUGAAUAUGGACCACGUUUACCUUACAGUUACCAAAAUCCUAUAGAUGGUUACACACCAACGUAUCUUUAUAAAGGUAGACGUUAUGGGCAACAAAAUUUUGAUUACAAUUACAGCCAGGGUCGCCCUGGAGAUCCUAGAAUUAGAGGUCAAGAUGAACGAUUCUCAUACGACAGGGCUGGCAAUGCCGAUCCCAUAUUGCCAGGGAUUUUAGGUGGUUGGAGAGAAGACUUACAAGGAAAACGAAGAGAACAAACUAGGGAGAAGAUUCGAGAUAUUUUUGUUGAAACAACACAUGGUUCUGUGCAAGGGUUUCAGGUAUAUUUGUUUGAUAAUCCUGAUCCCGACUCACUUUAUAGACCAGGUGCUGAAUUCAUUGAACGAGAACAAGGGGUGACAUCUGUGUUCUUAGGCAUUCCUUAUGCACAGCCUCCGGUGAAUGAUGGGAGGUUUAAGCCUCCAAGAUUGCAUAGAGGAUGGCAGACUCUUCAAGCUGUUGAUUUUGGUCCUGCUUGCCCCCAACCACGCAAAUAUACAGGAGCUACAUUCGGUAUAACAUAUGUAGAUGAAGACUGUUUGUACCUAAAUGUUUUUACACCAGACAUUACGGCAGGAAGAUCUCAGAAAUACCCUGUAAUGAUAUACAUCCAUGGAGGCGACUUUAUCCAUGGAGCUUCAAACACUUUUCCUGGCCACAUAAUGGCUACAUUUUAUAGAGUUGUAGUGGUAACAUUGAACUAUCGGUUAGGAGCUUUAGGUUUUCUCAGUACAGCAGAUGUAAACUCGCCUGGAAACUAUGGAAUUCUAGAUCAAGCAAUGGCUUUACGGUGGAUCUACGACAAUGCAGAGAAAUUUGGAGGAGAUAAGGAUAGUAUUACUUUAUUCGGCCCAGGAGCCGGUGCUGCCUCAGCUGGUUUGUUGAUGGUAGCACCUCAAACAAGUAACAUGGUCACCAAAGUUAUUGCACAGAGUGGUUCAGCAGUCGCAGAUUGGGCCAUGACCCAUGACCGAUACAGAGCCCAAAACACAAGUCGAGUUUUUGGUAAACAGAUAGGUUGCAGUAUAGAUUCCUCUUGGAAGUUGGUAAAUUGUUUGAAAAAUUCAAGAAGUGCUAUUGAAAUCGGCAACGCAGAAUUUCCACCUGAAGUAGGCCUUUUCCCUUGGGCUCCAGUGAUAGACAUGAACAUAACUAUGCCACAUUACGAAGGUUGGUAUGAAAAAGACUGGCAUUUUAUCAGCGAAAGCGUGGAAACCUUGAUCAAGAAAAGGUCUUUUAAUGCUGGAUUGAGAUAUAUGUCGAGCGUAACACUACAAGAAGCUGCUACUUUUAUAACCUCAAACACAAGUUUGGCACCAAAUUAUAUAGUUAACCAGGAAUUCUUUGAUCAAAAAGUGAAAGAGUUGGUAUUAAGGUAUAAUUAUACGUUAAAUUCAAAUGGAACUUUCGAUGCAAUAAAGUAUAUGUACACGUAUUGGCCAGAUCCGCAUAAUGUGACACUUAUCAGGGAAAAAUAUAUUCAGCUGCUUACGGAUUUUCUGUACACUGCUCCAAACGAUAAAAUGGUUAAACUGCUCGUUGAACAAAACGUACCAGUAUACAUGUACGUUUUAAACACCACUAUCGAAUCAUUCAAUCUCUCAGAAUGGAGAAAAGUACCUCACGAUAUUGAACAUUACUUAUUGUGUGGUGCACCGUUUUUAGAUAUCGAAAUGUUACCAAGUCGGGAAAACUUUGUUAGGGACCAGUGGACAAGAAACGACAGAAAUAUGAGUCACUUUUUCAUGAAAGCUUAUACAGACUUUGCCAGAUACGGCAACCCUUCGCACACACAAAUCUUAGGACUGCAUUUCGAGGAAUCCAAACAUGGGCAGCUCAAAUACCUAAAUUUAAAUACGACAUACAAUUCCUCAAUCAUGUGGAAUUUCCGGCAGACGGAAUCAGCAUUUUGGACUCAAUAUAUACCGAUGGUGGUGGGCCACCUCGUGCCAACUUAUCCGCCAACUACAGAGUUCUGGUGGGAACCGAAGGCUCCGUUGCAGAUAGCAUUUUGGAGUAUUUCAGGUUUCUGUUUAUUGCUGAUCGUACUGCUAGUUGUCUGCUGCAUGUUGUGGAGAAAUGCAAAGAGAUCGUCUGAUAGAUACUAUAACCCAUACUUGUAUCCGCCUGACGCCGACACGGACAAUGAAGGAAUAGAAAAUACUAGGGGACCAAAUGACUACAUAAACAAAUACGGCUCUUCUAAAGUAGUACCUAGGACUAACAGUGCUUCUUCCUUCCAAAGUGUUUCCUUGAAAGAAAUGCAAGGUUUCAUGAGCAGCAGUCCAAACGGAGACCCUCCUAGAAAAGGUACGCCCGUACUUACCUCAAGACAUAAGAGCAAAUCGCAAUCGACAAUACCACAAGGUGUUCCACAGACUGAUGUUUAGUUUAGAAGUGGGUAUGGAUCAGCUUAACUGUCGUAAAUCACAUAAACUACUUCCUAUGAAAUAGGGGUGUGCCAUAGUAUUUAUUUUCGUGUUUUGUACCAAAAUAUUUCAUAUAAGAAACCUGUGGGAGUGUCCAAAAAACUCCAAAACAAAAUUCGUAAUUUUUUUUUGUUUCACGUCUUUUGUAUUUAACUUGAAAUGAAGAGAUUUUACACAGUAGACAAAAUCAUCCAAGUACUUUAUUUUCAAUAAGAAUGCAAGAAUGAGUUAGACCACAACAUUCCUAUAGCAAAAAAGGUAUGGUGAACGUUCCUCUUGUUCUUUAUGGAAUCAAUCCUUAUUUUGCUCUCGGUUUUAGUAAUGUUUCUCUAAAACUUGUUCUGGGUUUUAUUGUAUAGGGUUAGUCAAAAGUAUGGAAACACCCACAUGUCUCAGCAUUUGUCAGGGCACGUCCGAUGGUAACCUUGACCUUGAGGUCAAGGUCAUAUCAAGAUCAAGUCGGUUUUUUAAAUGGCGAUCCGAAAAUUACAUUGACCGUGACCUCAAGGUCAAUGGUCAAGGUCAAAUAUUGAUUUUUACUGUAAUUUUUUAGUUUUAACUACAGAAUCAUAGGAUGUGA